AUGGGCAGGAAACCCUCCGCCGCCGCCGCCGCCACCGCGGCAACGGCCGACGACGAAUCCCUCGCGGCCACCAUGCCCGCCGACCUCCUGGCCGCUGCCGACUGCGGCGGCGUCCACGGUCACGCCCUCUUCUUCGACGCCCUCGUGCAGCUCAUUCCUCCGCGCUUCUACCUCCCGUCCGGCGAUGAGGACCGCCCCUGGUACCAGGGCCUCUCCAAGGCCGCCAAGGCGGCUAUGAAGGCCCAGUCCCGCGCCAACGUCAAGGCGGCUCGCCGCGCGCGCCUCGACCCCUCCGCGCCGCCGGCCUCCACCCUGGACCUCCUCAAGAAGUCCGUUGCCGACCAGGCGGCGGAGGAAGAAGAUGGCGACGAUGAGGAGGGGAAGUCAGGAGAAGAGGGCGAGGAAUCUGGGGAUGAGGCAAGCUCCGAGGAUGAAGAUGGUGAUGAGGUAGAGGAGGAUGAGGAAGACGGGGAUGAGAAGGAUGAGAUGCCGAUUGCGCCGGCGGCAGUGGUGUCCGAGGAUCGGUCGGUGACCUACGAGGAGCUGCGGGAGCGGCUUCAUCGCCGCAUCGCGGAGCUCCGUGGCAACCGGUGCACUAGGCCUGAGUUCUUGAAUAAGCCCAAGAAGGAGAAGGGCAAGAAGGCAAAGGGGAAGAAUGAGAAGAAGGGAAAGGGCGAAGGCAAGAAGAGAAAGCGUGAUGAUGGCACAGAGGAUGCAGAGGACAAGGAUGGGAAAAAGGCCAAGAAGGCGGAGGAGAAGCCAGAUAUCAUGUAUGCGAACGUGGUUGUUGACCCAAAGGAAGCAAGGAGGAGGAAGAAGAGGAGGAUUAAGAACAAGAAGAAGGAGCUGGAGCAGGCUAAGCGGUUGCAGGAGGCAAAGCAGGAUCCUGAGAAGGCGAACAAGAUCGCGUGGGAUACCGCAAGAAGACGGGCUGCUGGGGAGAAGGUGCAUGAUGACCCCAAGUUGAUUAAGGAGAGCUUGAAGAAGGAGGAAAAGCGGCAGCAGAAACAUGCUGCUCAGUGGAAGGAGAGGCAGAAAACUGUGGACAAUCAGAGGAAGGAGAAGCAGAAGAAAAGAACAGAGAACAUCCGGGAGCGGGCACACCAGAAGAAGAUGCGCAAGAUUGAGAAGCGUGAGAAAAAGCUUAUGCGCCCUGGAUUUGAGGGGCGCAAGGAUGGUUAUGUCAAUGAGUAA